AUUACCAGCCUAACAGAGUUGUUAUUGUUUUGCAUGCUUUGCAUGUGAAUGUAAACACGCGAGACUAAAACGAUUUUGAAGAGCUCGACCUUUUCUCGAAUUUCCCAUAUAUUUGGAGGCUGAACAGGUUUAUAGAAUGGCUGCUGCGGAUGUGGUGGUGAACAACGUUCACGAGCUGCACGUCUCCCCAAACAUCAACCUGUCGCAGGAGCAGCAAGCAAAGGACGUCAGGCCCAAGACCGUCCGGUUCUACUGCUCUGAAGUUCCAAACUUCUCAGAUUUCUUCUACUCAAAGAAAUUCUCCGACGUAAAUCUGGUGGCCGGAGGCCGGAAGAUCGCAGCUCACCGGUCGCGUUUGGCCUCAGUCAGCCCUUUUCUGGCCACACUUUUUGCCUCAGACACCAGCGAAGUGUCCACCGUCAUAAUUCCAGACGUCUCUUUCAGUGCUGUUAACAUUCUGAUCAACUUCAUCUACACUGGCUUCAUUCGAAUCACCAAGAAGGAGGUCAAAACGGUCCUCGAAGUGGCAUGCAUGCUAGGCAUCGACUAUCCCAUUGACAUCGAAGAGACUGAAGUAGGAAUUGUCAGAAUCAAACCCAGCGAAAAAUCGAGAAAGAGAUGCUCCACUGUUCAGUUCCACGGCAUCUCGCCCAUCAGAAAGGCUAGGAUUGAGAAGCCAAGAGUUGUCAUUUACGAAGGAGCACAAUCGAUUUCUGGCUUGGAUUCUUUGAUAGAAAGUUCUAAGGAAGAUGAAACUCAUGAGACGGUGACAAUUUUAGAAGAGAACAACGAUGAAGCAAUGGAUGUGGAAGAGGUGAUCACCUUGUCGGAAGACCAACCAACCAGAAUUGAAACACCGUGUCUGGUGGAAAUUCACGAGAACUCCUCUGACUGUCAGGAAAUUCCCACCAUGGUCAUGUCUCCUGCCCACCGAGCCUCUCCUCGACCCAGAAUUAAGAAAACCAAGACUCGAAACGACCUUCUCAUGGAAACGCAGAAUCAAAGUCCCUUGAGCGCCGUUCUAAUUUCCGGUGACGAAUCUAACGAUGUUACAAAGGAUUCACCAGUUCCUACAUCCUCUGCAAACUCUUCAGCCGAAAAUCUGGAAAAUUCGUAUGUGCAGCCAAUUGUGGUCAGCGUCGAAGGCAACAAGGAAAUCUGCAAUGAACCUCAAACUCUGGCCACUUUGGCUUUGAGAGCCACAAAUAAUUUGCAGAAUGCAAACGUGGAAGAUGAACAUUUUGAGGAUCCUUUGGCUGAUCUUGACAAAGAAGUUCCUUCGGUCGCUCAAGAGGAAAAUCGUGAAUUUGUAAUUGAGGAUAGAAAUUUGGAUCCUGAAUCAAGAGAAGUAGAAGAUGAUGUGCAUUUGCCAAUUAAUGAGGAAACUGAAGAAAGGGAUGAUGCGGAACUGCAAAAUUCUUUUGAGGAAAAUGAAGAACAUGCAGUUGAUAUGGGCAAUCCGCUAAACACCGAAGAGGCUGGAGAAUGCAGCCAAGAUCCAGGGUUGGUUGAGAGCAGCUUUGAAGAAGUUUUUGGUCAAAUGAAUGAACCAGCACCUGACGAUGCAAAUGCCGCUUUUCCUUUAGAAGAGUUGCAAGGAGAAUAUGAUUCAACUGAUGAAACAGUGCAACUCAACGAAGUGCCAUCACAUGCAGGUGAUGAGCCUCAACUUGUCCCUGAAAACACACUUGACAAAGAAGAAGAGGAUCUCUAAAUUUGUGCAGUAAAAUAAACUGAAGACGAAUUUUGCUAUCUAAUAAUUUGAUAUCAAAAAU